AUGUCUGAAUCUACAACUCCCGAGCCUGGGCAUAACACAUUGAAACGUAAAAAUGAGGAUUUGAGUAACGAAGCUGAAGAGCUCGAGAAUAAUGCAAGUUCACAUAACAAAAGGAUCGCCCUUGACAACGAACAAUCGGAGAAGGGCGAGAUGAGCAAUGAAACGAAAGAAGUCAAAGAGGUGCUGUUCGAUAUUGAUGAAGAAAAAUAUGAUGGUUUGGAAAGCGACGAGCAAGGUGAUGCGCAAGAUGAAGAUGCGAACAAGGUCGAGCAAAACAAAGAGUCAAGCUCAAAUGAAAACGACAAGGACAAUGGCGGGCAAUAUGAUGACGAAAAAGGGGAAGCUGGAGAAUCAAAACCGGAUGUCAAUGAGGAAUUUUCUAAGGACAACGAAGAAAAGUUUGUUCCAAAAAAAGUACUGCAAGAGGAGGUCGAAAAGUUUUUAGAGGAAGCGGCACUUUUGUCCAAGUUGGGUCAGCCAGCAACAACUCCUGCAACAGCUCCUGCGCCCGGACCGGCAUUAGCACUGGCACUGGCGCUAGAUCAGCACCCACAACAGCAUCACGAAGAAUCGAUCGAGGCAACCUCCAACCCCACGUCAAGUCUCCAAGAUUUUGAACUGGAUCCAUCGUACGUAUCGUUUAGAAUGUACUGCCCGGUAAAAGAAGCCAGCACAGUUGUUGGCAAGGGAGGAGCUAAAAUCAACCACUUGAGGGAAAAGGCCCAAGUAAAAAUACAGAUUAGUGAAAAUUUAAAAGACGUGCCAGAAAGAAUUAUAACCGUCAAGGGAACAGCAGAAAAUGUUGCGAAAGCGUUUGGACUCAUUGUUAGAACAAUAUUGGGAGAACCGGAAGAUGAACCUGCUAAUCUAAACAGUCAGCAAUACAAUUUAAAAUUAUUGAUUCCAAAUGUAAUUAUUGGUCACAUAAUUGGCAAGCAAGGAUUAAAGUUUAGGGAAAUUGAAGAAAAUUCCGCUGCAAAAUUGAAAGCUGCCGAGCUGCCAUUACCACACUCCACAGACCGUGUUCUUAGUGUAUUGGGUGUGGCUGAUGCCAUUCAUAUUGCUGUCUACUUCAUUGGUGAAGUUGUAAUUGAACACAAAGAUGUAUUGAAGAGAGGUAAGGUUAUUUUGUACAAUCCUGCGAACCAUAAACAUGAUGAGGGCCAGCAUGGGGGGCAAUCGCAUCAACACCAGCACCAGCACCAGCAUCAGCAACAGAAUCAGCUGCAUCAUCUUUCUCAUCAUCAGUAUCAGCAAGGCUUUUCUGAUUUCCCUCAAACUAGUGUACCUGGAAACCAAUUUGGUAGCCCAAUUGGAUACCAAAAGCCAUUUGGGCAGGAUGGUCCCCAUCAGCCUCAACCACAUCAGCCAUACAACUUUUCAUCGAUGUUUCAACCCUCCGUUGCACCUCAGCAACAGUACGGAAUGCCACAACAGAUGGCCCCACCACCACCCGUCUCACAGGGCGUCCCUCCACAAACUCAAUAUACUGAUGAGUACAAUAACACAAUGAUUGGAGAAGUGAUUAUAAAGGAACCUGUCUUUUCCGGUGACAAAUACAACCAGGAUAUUUUCGUAGCCAACUCGCUGAUUGGGUCAGUUAUUGGUAAAGGUGGAAAUAAUAUUAAACAUAUUAGAGAAAACAGUGGGUGCACAUACGUCAGAAUUGAACCUGAUAGAGGGCAAUCGAUUAUGUUAGGAGGCGGUAGAGGUUUGACCAAUAUCAGAAGGCUAACCUUGACUGGAUCUUUGGAAUCUUUUCAAAAGGCAAUUUAUUUGAUCAAUCAAAGAAUAAAUACUGAUAGACAGAGGAAUUCAAGAUGA